AUGCAUUUGUGCCAGAAUGGACACUAUUACAAACCCCACCGUGCCUCAGCUGAGAAGGUCCCUUACCUAAAGAAAAAGAAAAAGAAUUCUCGAAACGAAGGCAAGGCAAAAAAAAAGAAUGAAAAGAAAAAAAUAGGAACUGUUGAAUUUUUUCAACAAAAAAAAAAAGAAAAAAAACGGGUCCUAAAUGCGGUGUGUGGGUUAUAA